UAAACAAGUCAAAGAGUUAUAGUCUUUGUGGGUUUCCUUUGGCUUUCAUGAUUUGGGGUUUUGAGACAAUUCCUUCGUUGGGUCAAGCAUUCGGAAAGAAGUUGCCGGACAUGGCAUUCCCUCGAAUUCUUAAUUGGCAUUUUUCACAAGUGCCAAGAUUUGAGAAGGCCACUGAACUCUUCGAUCAUCGUGAUUAUCCCGUUCAUGGCUUAAUGAAUGUGACUGAAGUUAAGCAUGCAUAUAUCGGCAACUUGGCAUGGGAUGUACGUCAUGACAGUACUCCAUACAAUGUUGCACCUGCUGUUCGAGACAAGCCACCACAGGCAAGUCAUGAUGAAAAAGAUAAAGGUAUUCCACUUACAAGAAGUGGAAUAAGUAAGAAACGGAAAGAGGCGUCUGUGGAAAUUAUGGGAAAAGGAGGGAGGCGGCGAAUGGGACAUAAGCCAAUAGACCAGCCUUCUUCAUCGACUGCAGGAGUUGCUGCUCAUGUUCAUAAAGCAACUCCCUUAACGGAAUUGCUAAAGAAGGAGGUGCCUUGGGAGUGGAGCAAGGAAUGCGAGGGCGCAUUCGAGGAUCUAAAGGAAGCUAUGAUGAAAAACCCGGUGUUGGCCCUGCCAGACAUCAUAAGACCUUUCAAAGUCCAAACUGAUGCAUCUGACUUUGCUUUAGGUGGAAUCCUACUCCAAGAUGGUCAUCCUGUCGCCUAUGAAAGCAGGAAGUUGUCAGUGGCAUAA